GCUGGCAAUAGUUGAUAGCGGAUAGUUGGCAUCAUCUGCUUUCGGCAGACUUGGCUAUCUGGGUAUAUACGCAUAUAGCGUAACGCCACGCGCCAGUUGACGCGCGAGGGAGAGGGAGAUCGCGUGAAUUAUUAAAGCAGUCCAGGUAACGUCGCUGUCUGUCGCAAAGUACUAUCUGCGUCAUCUCCAGAUGUUCGUCGAUCGAAUUUUGACGAACGUCGACUCGCUGGUAACGGUCGUGAUUAUUCCGAUACGCGACGACGGAACGUUUCGGCGUCGCGGACCACACGAAGAACGAGAGCGCUGAUCGCGCGGACGGUUCGACGACGCGACGCGUGACUCCUCGAAAACGUCGGGUCCGUAUCAUGAGACAUCGUUCCUCGAACUCGGACAGUGAGCCAGCGUUACGUCGAGACUUGGUGCCGUGUUGACAAACUUGCUUCUCGGCGAGAUAACCUCUCAACGGACGCGCCGCGGACUGCAGCUUUUUCCCCCCGUAUGCGCGAAUAUUCCGUACUCGUGCUCAGCGAGAUAUUAGCCUCUGAUUAUUAAUAAAUAUCCAUUUUACGUAAGAUGUCAUUGAUCGAAGGUGUGGGUGACGAAGUCACAAACUUUUUUAUUGUCAUGAGCAUGCUGUUGAUAGGAUGGCUAGCUUGGUGCUCAACAAGUAUAACAGAUCAGCCGUUGAUACGCACUGUGCUCAUAUUGCGUGACCGUACACCAGCACGCAUUGCUACAAUACGAGCCAAUCAGCAAAAUGCGAGUAACGCUAGCCAAGAGACUCUUAGUCGGUCUCCUAAUUUAGAGACAACGGAGGAAGAGGCAUUAGAAACGUCAGUGAAUAAUAGCGAUACACAUGCUAGUCCAGAUACUGACGUGGAUACGAGUGAACCUUCCCAAGAGACUAGAUCAGUGGAAGCUGCCUCGGAAGAAGUGCUCAUCGAAACCAUGGACUCGUUCAAUAACGAUGACUCGUCGCUGUUACAUCGACCCGCCAAGGCGGACAAUUCUAGUGCCACAAACGCAUCAUUAGAUCAAAAUACUUGCAGCGGCACGUCCAACUGCAGGAAUGAUUCGAACUGUGGAUACGAGAUUACCAUAAAGCUAAAAUUUAUAAAUGACGAUCAGAAAUUAGUCACUGGAAGUCUCAAAGAAAUGAUCGGUGAUUUCAAAAGGAGGCACUUCCAAAUGGAAUUGGAAGCACAUAAAUCGGUGCGAUUGGUGUUCAACGGCCACGUAUUGCAACCAGAUACUCGAACCCUCGAGCAAUGCGGUUUGUUCAACGACUGCGUGGUCCAUUGUUGGGUGCAUCAGCCACGCCCAGCAUCGUCGUCUCGAAACACCUUGGAUGACUCAUUGGAUAACUCGUCCCCUAUCUAUUUUAAUUCUCAACCAUUCUCGGAUUUGCCUACCGGUCCAGGUAUCGGCCCGGUGCACGAGUGGGACUUGAGCCGACUCCUAGUGAGCAUCCUGACGAUCAUACUGGGUCUCGCGUGGUACUCGCGCUAUCACUAUGCUCAACUCUUCACCGCAACAACUACGCUCGCGCUCUACGCGCUCACCGCAAUUUUCACCGUUUCUCUAUUCAGCAAUUUCUUUCCCGAUCAAGAUAACAUCCGAAACGUCGAAUGAAACGAUAAUGCUACGUCAACGUGCGGCAUGUACGUUAAUGGGAGCGUUGUAAAUGUAACCGAGUUAACACGUGACUCGAAAUGCUAUGCACAUCGGUUCGACAGGUGAUACAUCUCAAUUGAUAAAAUCUCAAUCUCCGCCGAGCAUUUGCUUUUAGAGUGAUAUUCUCAAGAGCAGAUUUGUCAUUAACGAUAACGCAAGUAAUGAAUGCUGCGAAUUGUAAUUUCCGUUUAUUCUGAUGAGUGUUAAUCCGAAAUCAUAUUUGCAUUGUUCAAUUAAAUUUAUUGCUUAAUUAAGAAGAGACUGUAAAGCAUCAAAAAAUGUCACGCGCAGUAAUAGCUUCAUUGAUACAUAACAUGUAUACAGUUUUCUCGGAUUAUAAUUAGACAUGUAACGUUUUUAGCAUGAUUUCACUCUUUGCAAACAGAAAUUCUUUAUAGAGAUAUUUAUAUAUAAAUAAAAAUGUAUCAAUAUUUAUAUAUUAAAAAAUUAUAUGUAUAAAUUAUAUAAAUUACAAAAAAGCUUAAACUUAAUUUCAUAAGUUUUUCUACAAUGAAAUAUAAUUUAUGUAUAUAAUUUACUAUAUGUAUGUUAAUAUAUGUUUUCUUUGCAAUAUAUAUCACGUGGUAUGAUGUUAUGUGGUAAUUGGAGAAAUCUAUUUUGUAUAUAAAAAUAGUCAUAUGAAUUAUAUUUUUCAAAAUCCUUGCAACACAUGAUUUUUUUAAAUGUUAUUUAUCUAUUGAGGAAAUUUCUCUAUCAGCGAGAAAAUUACAUAUACAUAUUAAUAAAAAUUAACUAAAUAUCAAUAAAUAUUAAAUAGUUAAUAAUUUAAUUUUUCAAUCUUAUGAUUAAAUUAUGAUUUAUAUUAUAAAAAUGCUUUUUAAAUGUACUCAUUGCUUAUUACUAAUAUUCUUUUCUGAAUUUUUUGUGAUAUUGUUUUUAUUUUCGAUUUAACAAAAUAGAUUUUAUCUUCAUAAAAAUGACAUUUAAAAAAUAGUUGUAUACAUGUGUGAUACUAGUCCCUCUUGAAAGCUCGGUCCAGCACAGAAAUUGACGCAAAUGCGUUCAGUUCUACUAUUGGUACUAUAUAAAUCAUGAAACAAUAUAUCAAAUAUGUUAGCAAUCUUGAUUCUCACCAAGUGAAAUUACUUAUAUAUUUAGUUACAAAAAUUAAUAUUUAAUAUGCAAAUUACAAUUACCAUGAAAAUAAAACCAAAUAAAUGAUAUUUUAAUACUAAAAUGUUAAAUAUAUUUAAUAGUUUGGUUAGAGAUACGAAAAAGAGAAAACGAACUUUUACAUUAUUUAUAAUUUAUCUAAAGUGUUGCGCGUAAAACUACGGUUGAUGCUUACUUAUGUUGUACUAUUUGUAUAUGGGAGAUAAUCGUGUAUAAUGUGCAAUAAAAUCAAUUUCC